CGCAACAUGGCCUGCGCCAACCCAGCGAACGAGGCGCUUGCCGCAGCGCUCGAGAAGAUUGUCGAGGCCGAGGCGAUCAAGGCGGCCACGAGCACCCGCAACACGGGCAACCAGAACCACGUUGUUGCCAACUACAAGCGCGCGCUCUAUUCGAUCCGCCACUGCGCCCACGUGAUCCGGACCGGCGACGAGGCCAAGGCCCUCAAGGGCAUUGGCAACUUCAUCGGCCAAAAGAUACAAGGUAUCCUCACUCGGCUAGCAAGCGGCAAUGGCAGCGUGCCCGAGCCCGACGCUCCACGGCCAAAGAAGCGCAAGGCGACAGUCCCGGACGCACCGCCUGUCGCGGUCGUCGCGCCGCGUGAGCGCGCCGCGCCGCAAGAGCCAGGGCCCAAGUACAGGCCUGCGCGAGGAAAGCAGCCAUGGUACGUUCUCGUGGCGCUGGCAGAGCUCGAAGCGACCUGCGAGGCGCUGAGUGUGGACACGGAGGCCGUCAUCGCCCGUAUGAAAGCUCUUGGGUGUACCAGCGACCAAGGGCAGCUGCGGGCAAGUCUGGUUUCCCUUGUCAAUACGCACAAGGUCGUUGCCAAGUCGUCGCUCUACGGACACCUCUUCUUGACGGCGGAUGGGAUCCACAGUGCCCGGUAUUGCCAACGCAGCGACGCCGCCGCCCAAGCUGCAGAGGCUGGCCCGGUCGCCCGGCGGCCACGAAUGGAGGCCCCAGCGAUCACGAGCGACGAGGCGCCAACGACGACCGACGCGUUCGACUGGAUGUCGACCAACUUGUCCAAAUUCGAGCCCAAGGAGGUGCCGCUCUCGCACACGCAGGACGAAUGGGAGAUCGUGCUGCUCCUCGACCACCGCGAGAUGGUGUCUCGCAGCAGCAAAUCGGUGUUUGAGCGCAAGCUGCUCGAGGCCGGCGUCACAUGCGAAGUCCGCGGCCUCCACCUCGGGGACAUGAUGUGGAUCGCGCGCCGCCACCGCCCCACCUUUGGCGGCCGCCCCAUCGAGGAAGAGUUUGUGCUUGACGUGAUCGUCGAGCGCAAGGCCGUCUCGGAUCUCGCCUUGAGUAUCAUCGACAAGCGCUACACGGAGCAAAAGCAGCGGCUCGCAGACGCCGGCCUGCGCUACGUGGUGUACCUCCUCGAAGGCUCGCUCGCGGUCGAGACCAUCUUGGGGGCCACUGCCCUCGCGACGGCCCUGACCCGCACACAAGUGCUCAACAACUACCUGGUGCACCACGCCGCGUCGCCCGACGAGACCGUCGCGUUCUUAUCGGCGCUGCACUGGCACACGGUGCGCGCAUUCAGCGCCGUGUACAAGGUCCGCAACGCCGCGCCGCCGGUCGCCGCGUCGAUUGGUCGCCCGCCGGCGUGCCUUCGCGACUUUACGCAACUCAUUCCGACCACGUGGCAGUCGUUUGGCGAGUUCAACGAGACGUUCCGCAAGAAGGCGGCGCCGACGACCGGCGAGCUGUACCAGAUGAUGCUCAUGCAGGUGCCUGGCAUUAGUGCGACCCGCGCCCGCGACCUUGGCGCCGCGCACCCGACGUUUCUGAGUUUGUGGCAAGAGACGCAAAAGGCAGCGCCGCAGCUUCCAUCGCGCGUCAACGCAGUCGGUCGCGCGGUCGUCACCAACCUCUUUCGUGCAAAAGACUAUGCCGCGCCGUAG